AAUAUCAGACAGCGACUCACCAAAGAACCGAAGAAAAAAGAUUAUCGUUGCCGUCGCAAGUGUCCCAUUGAUGAUUGCCACUCGAUUGUUCGACGUUUACCAAAGCACUUGCAAAAGGUGCACAAGUUAGAUAAAGCAUCGACGAUGUACCAACGUGCAAUUGUAGAUGCUCCCGUUGCUCCAAAUCGUAAGCAUGCCAUGAUUAAGUGGCAAGAAGAACAGUUAAAGAGGAAGACAUGGGAAGUGGAUCGAAGCCACCAACAUCGCAAGGAACAAGAAGAAGAAGAUGAAGAAGAACAGGAUGAAAAUAAAGAGGUUAUUGGUGAAAAUAAGCGUGGACGUUAUGACCAUGAUGAUGAUGACGACCAUAAUGAUGAUGAUGACGACCAUAAUGAUGAUGAUGAUGAUGAUGAUGAUGAUAAUGAUGAUGGUAGUUUUAAUGAUGACGAUGGCGAUGACGAUGACGAAGAUGAAAGCAGCAGCAUGGAAGAUGUGAAACAGCAGACAAAAUCAACAUUACCACCUGUAAUCACGGAGUUUCAAGAGUGGUUGGCGUCUCCUGAUGGCAGCAAAAAAGAUGAAAAAACGGUCAUGCAACAUGGUUCUCAGCUGUAUAUCCUGCUAAAAGCCAUCGAUGAUUCAGAGAACAUUCAGUCCCUAUUUGACCUGAAGUUAAUCCGUCAAGUUUUUCUAAAUGUGCAUGUGAAGCAGAAAAAGUACGAAGCUGGCACAAUCAAGUCGUACCUCAUGAGUCUGCGGCAUUUCUUUUCGUUUGUGCUGUCUGACAAACCGGAAAGCAUCAAAUUCAAUUGGGUGGACGUAAGCUCUGCGCGGGAAAAGGUAAAGAUGUGGUCUGCGUCAUACAAGAGAGAGUCUAACACAAGAAAAUGGCAAAAGCUUGAGGAAGAUAUGCUUAACCGUUUGACGCCUUCAAAUAUCAGGAAGCUGGAGAAAAGUGCGGCAGCUCGAGAGGCUAUUAAGAUAAUUGGACAAUACUCUGAUUCAGCCGAGUCGACCCCUGUUACCCAAUCCAGUUACACCCUUGUCAGGGAUUUCCUAUUUACCCAAAUAUUCAUAGAUAAUGCCAAUCGACCAGGUGUCUUAGCUCAUAUGACGAUGGAGGAAUUUACUAACAUCCGAAAACAAGAUGACCAUUAUCUAAUAACAGUGAAGAAACAUAAAACGGCGCAUGUUCAUGGACCAGCUCGUGUCGUAUUGAGCGAAAAGCUGAAGUCGUGGAUGUCGGUAUUUGUUGGUGUGAUGCGAGCCCAUGUUACAACCCGAAUCAACGGUCCAGUAUUCUUAUCCUGGAAUGGAAAUGGUAUGAAUUCUGGGCACAUCACUAAGGCAGUACAAUCUGUGUUUAAAAAGGCUGGAGUGGACGUUAAAAUAACUUGCACCUCGUUUCGUAAGGCAGCAGUAACCAAAGUACACAUCGACAAGCCAGAAAUGAGUGGGAAAUUAGCUAGCCUUAUGGCUCACAACGAAGCGACCGCAAAGAAGUAUUAUCUUCUGACAGAGAAGUCGAAAACGUCCAUAGAAGCUUCGCGAAACCUUGGACGGCUGAUGCGAACCGACGAUGGAGGUGGAGAUAUUCUCGAGACCGCCACUACAGUAGAGGAAACAAUGGCUGUUGAUGGUAAGGGAAAGUCUUCCCCAUGCGAAUCAUCCGAGAGUGAAAGUAAAAGAGCUCCUUGGACUGACGACGACGUUGCCAAAAUUAAGAAAAUAUUCCAGAAGGAUAUAUUGAAGAAUAACGUAACCCUGGAUGUUGUUCGUCAUGGUGUCGAAACACAUGAAGAGCUUUGUGGCAUGUCACCAAGGCGAAUUUACGACAAGUUAAAGAAAGAGGGCAAGAAAAAUUUAGGUGAACUUGUUCCUGUCAUGGAGCUACCACAAGAGCACGAUUCUUUGGAAGAUUGGAUCGUAUGGAAGAUGUGCAAAAGCAUGCAGAAGAAUCAGGAACCAACGAUGACCAGUUAUCCACAAGCAUCAUUGCCCCUACAGAAAGGAAUAGCCUCUUCAAUUGUGACGAAGUCCAAACCAUACAAAAAUUGUUUGAGGAUAUGA